UGACAUUCAUCUCAAGCAGUGAGUCACCCACAUAGAGAACACACCCAUGACAGUGAGUUGAGGGUUUCAUAGGAGCUGCAGCACCUUGAUAUUUGAAAUGUAUCAGUGUGUGUCUCUCCUACUCCUGCUGAUGGGCAGAGGUGUGCUCUCCCAGAAAGUGGAAGUAUGUUCCAAAACAGUGAUCAACUCCUGCAGCGACUGCAUCAGAUCAGGAGCGUACUGCGUGUGGUGCAAACAACUGAACUUCACCAAACCAGGGCAGCAAGAAGCAGCUCGCUGUGACACCUUGGCUCAGCUAUUAGAGAAGGGCUGCAUGGAAAGAGACAUCAUCAACCCCCAGAAUAUCCUUAGUGUGUCUAAGAACACCGCCCUGUCCACCAGUACAUUUGCCAAGGAGGAACCCACCCAGCUGCGUCCUCAGGAGGUCAAUCUGAAGCUCAGACCAGGGCUGCCUCGGACGUUCAAGCUGGACUUUCAGAGAGUGGAGGGCUAUCCUGUUGAUCUCUAUUACCUGAUGGAUCUCUCCUACUCCAUGGAGGAUGAUCUGAGGAGCAUCAAGUCUCUGGGAAACGAGCUCUUUAAAGCUCUGCAAGGCAUCACAAAACAAGGGCGAAUAGGCUUCGGCUCUUUUGUAGACAAGACUGUCCUGCCUUUCACUAACACCAACCCAGAGAAGCUGAAGAAGCCAUGCGCCGACAAGGAGCAGUUCUGUCAACCUGCCUUUGGCUACAGGCAUGUUCUUAGCAUGACAGGGAACGAAGCUGACUUUAAGAGGGAGGUAGACAAGCAACGCAUCUCUGGGAACUUGGACUCCCCUGAAGGGACGCUGGACGCCAUCAUGCAGGCUGCAGUCUGUGGGGACAGGAUUGGCUGGAGGAAUAGCAGCACCCGGCUAAUCGUCCUGACCACCGAUGAUGGCUUCCACAUGGCAGGGGAUGGCAAGCUGGCUGGCAUACUGGAGCCCAAUGAUGAGAGAUGUUACAUGGACAACCAACUGUACAGCAAGAGCAAUUACAUGGACUACCCAUCUGUUGGUCAAGUGGCUUCACAGUUAGAGAAGAACAACAUUCAGCCAAUCUUUGCUGUGACAAAGAAUAUGGAGAAUGUAUACAGGGAACUCAGUAGAAUGAUCCCCAAGUCUGAGGUGGGAGUACUGUCUGAGGACUCCAAAAAUGUUGUUGAAUUGAUCGAAGCUGCCUACAAUAGGCUCUCCUCCAAAGUAACGGUGACUCAUGAUGCUCUCCCUGACAAUGUGAGAGUCACUUACACUCCACUCUGUCCUGGAGGGGGACCCGCAGGGGACAAGGGGGUCUGUGACAACGUUAAAGUAGGACAGAUGGUGUCUUUCAACGUAACAGUGACGGCAGAUGAAUGUAUAGAUGGAGAGCUGUCUUUUCUGAUUGGCCCAUUGGGUAUAAAAGACAAGCUGAAGGUGAACUUGUCGACUCGCUGCGAGUGUGAUUGUGAUGACCCCCAGGAGGACAAUCACCCAUACUGCAACGGGAAGGGCAAAGUCAACUGUGGCAUGUGCAGUUGCAAAGCCGGCUUCGUGGGCCAGAAGUGUGAGUGCUCCAUUGGGGAGAAGGAUGAGAGCUCUCUGAGGGCGGCAUGCCGGAAGGACAACGGCACGGAGUGCGAAGGACGAGGGGACUGUGUGUGUGGCAUAUGCCAGUGCUAUGCCCUACAAGGCGGCAGCACCUACUACGGCACGCACUGCGAGUGUGAAAACGAGAGCUGCGAGAAGUUCCAGAACAAACUGUGUGGAGGGAACGGGAAAUGCCGUUGUAAAAAUUGCGAAUGCAACCCUGAUUACGAAGGCACCGCCUGCCAAUGCAAGAAGUCGGACGAGCAGUGUCGCACACCAGGCGGGAGUGUGUGCAGCGGCAGGGGCACAUGCCAGUGUAACCAGUGCAAGUGUAUCGAGGGCUACCAGCGGCCCUACUGUCUGACCUGCCCCGCCUGCUUGACCCCCUGUAUAACCAAGGGGAAAUGCAUCGAGUGUCUGGGCUUUCAGACAGGCCCGUUCAGUAAGAACUGCUCCCAGACCUGUAAGAGUAUUAAUGAAUUUGAGAUGGUGGAAACAUUGCCACCUGGUAAGCCUUGUGACGUGAGGGAUGUGGAGAACUGCCGGGUGUUCUUUACCAUUAAACAGUUGGAUGGAGAGGACAACUACUCCGCCCAGAUACUAAAGACCAGAGAGUGUCCCGAGUUGCCAAACAUCUACGCCAUCAUUGGAGGCUCCAUUGUGGUAGUGGCCAUGAUCGGCUUUCUGAUCCUGCUCCUCAUCAAAGGCUUAAUCCACAUGAAUGACCUGAAGGAGUUCCGCAAGUUUGAGAAUGAAAAAAAGAAAUCCAAGUGGGCAAAGGGAGAGAAUCCACUAUUCAACAGUGCGACCACCACCGUGGCUAACCCUACCUUCACUGGAGAAUAAGAUCAGCGACAUCAGUCAGCCCAGACAAUAAGUUGGAUUCAUAUGCAUGUACAUUUAUUGUUUCUUUUUUUAUGUGCAUUUUCUGGAGAUUUGUACAUCCAUUUAUACAUUGGUGUAUAAAUAGUAUUUUUUAUGUGUUCCUGAGUCUGAACUCAGGAAUGAUCAUGCACUGAUUGGAAAAAACUGCUGCAAUGUUGCUACAGAGUCAUUCCACCUAAAAAAAACACAAUAAAGAGGAUUUCGACACCCACAA